GGAGGCCCGGAAGUGGUCGCUGCCCGCGUUCCUUCCGGCCGGCGGGGCGGGCUCGGGAGGCGGCGGCGGAGGGAUUGUGGCCGCAGGGCCCAUGGCGGAGGGCGGUCGCGCCGACGGGCGCCCCGGGGCGGGCCUGCAUGCCGGAGCCGGGCCGGGGCCCGCAGGUCCUAAUCUGAAGGAGUGGCUGAGGGAGCAGUUUUGUGACCACCCACUCGAGCACUGCGAGGACACGAGGCUCCACGACGCAGCCUAUGUGGGCGACCUGCAGACCCUCAGGAGCCUGUUGCAAGAGGAGAGCUACCGCAGCCGCAUCAACGAGAAGUCUGUCUGGUGCUGUGGCUGGCUUCCCUGCACACCGCUGCGAAUUGCGGCCACUGCAGGCCACGGGAACUGCGUGGACUUCCUCAUCCGGAAGGGGGCCGAGGUGGACCUGGUGGAUGUGAAGGGACAGACGGCCCUGUACGUGGCUGUGGUGAACGGGCACCUGGAGAGUGCCCAGAUCCUCCUUGAAGCCGGUGCAGACCCCAAUGGAAGCCGGCACCACCGCAGCACGCCCGUGUACCAUGCCUCACGUGUGGGCAGGGCCGACAUCCUGCAGGCGCUCAUCAGGUAUGGGGCUGACGUUGAUGUCAACCACCACUUGACUCCUGAAAUCCGGCCCCCCUUUUCCCGGCGGCUCACUUCCUUGGUGGUCUGCCCCCUGUACAUCAGUGCAGCCUACCACAACCUCCAGUGCUUCAAGCUGCUCCUCCAGGCCGGGGCCAACCCUGACUUCAACUGCAACGGCCCCGUCAACACGCAGGGCUUCUCCAGGGGCUCGCCCGGCUGCGUCAUGGACGCUGUCCUGCGCCACGGCUGUGAGGCGGCCUUCGUCAGCCUGCUGGUCGACUUCGGAGCUGACCUGAACCUGGUGAAGUGGGAGUCCUUGGGCCCAGAGGCGCGGGGCAGAAGGAAGGUGGACCCCGAGGCCCUGCAGGUUUUUAAGGAGGCCAGAAGUGUCCCCAGGACCUUGCUGAGUUUGUGCCGUGUGGUUGUGAGAAGAGCUCUUGGCAAGCACCGGCUUCAUCUAGUGCCCUCCCUGCCUCUGCCAGACUCCAUCAAGAAGUUUCUGCUUUAUGAGUAGAGUGAAUCCAGCUGUUGACGGGAUGGUAGUGAGGAGGAAGUGAUCUGCAGUGAACAUCGGUGCUGGUUCCUGUACCCUGUGAGCCACGCACUGGACGUCCGUCCCAGGCCCUGUUUGGCUGUUGGGAAAGAAGAAAUGGCCUGUUCUUGUGGAUUGAAAUUCCAUCCCCAGUGCUUGGCCAGUGGGCACUGCUUGGGUCAUUGUCAGCUGACUGGCUCAGACCAGACUUAGUUUUGUUCUCCCUGGAUCUCUGUUUUGGGUUUCCACAGUUGCAUGUCAGUGAGAUGGGUUGUGAAAUGUGUGCAGGUGAGGCUGCGGUUGGAGGCCCAUUGGAAAAUCCCGGUAGGGAUCCCUAGCACUUCCCAAGGCUGCUUCUACUUACAUUUCUACUUCUAAAUUUUAUUGUUUGAUUAAAGCCAUCUAAUGACUAUCUAGGGGAAAGGGAGUUCCUAUAAAAAGAAGUAGGCAACAGAGAUGCAGUUCAUGAGCUGGCUAGUUUGUUUUCCCUGCUACUGAGGUUAAGUGACACGUGGCAUAUGUCAUACAUGCACCCCUUCCUUCCCGGUUCAGAAUUCUCUCCUUGUGGGGAGACUGUCAUGGUAAUUGUCUUUAUCUAAGGAUGCUUCCUGGCCACAGAGAUUGACAGUUUAUCGCCAAGUCAAAACUUGCAUUUGAUCACAAUUUAAGGCGGUGCCAGUGUGAGGUUCCGUAGUGCCGCCCCCGUCCGUGCCUGCCUGUGCCUCAGAGCACACUGCAGGUCCCCCCAGCCCUCGCCAUUGCACUUUAGGGAGCUUCCAGACAGCGCCUGGUUUUCAGAACUAGCCAGUGACUGACUGCCUCCCCUCGAAACAAGGACCCUUCCCACAGCACUCACUGCCAGUUCUAAUGGGGGAGAAUAGCCCAGGGCGCUCUCGUAGAGCAGAACAUGCCAGAACAUUCAGCCAGGGCCUGCAUGGUCCCAGGGAUUCAGUUGAUGUCCAGAGGGCAAAACAUCUGGAGGUGGUGGUUUGCUCCUUACUUUUGGGGCCUAAAUGUCUUGAUCCUGGAAUCUAAGGAAGGAACCAUUAGUGAGGUCGGAGUCUUCCGCUGUCCGUCCUGGGGUGGUAGUCAGUGAGAGAGGUACCUGGGUUACCACUCCACCUUCCUUGACCGGGUGGGCAGGGCUGCCCCGUAAAGGAAUCACUCAUCCCCGAGGCUGGGCAGCAGUGCACAGGCCUCUCGUGGGUUCUUGGCAGUGGCUUCAGAAAAUUCCCCAGGUGGCUGCUGUUUUUGGUGAAAUCACAUUUCGUUAUUUGAAGCUCUUAGGACUACUGUGUGGAUCCAUGGUGAUUUUAAACUUUAGAAGUGUUGGAAAGGAGCAGAUUUCAAAUCUGUGUUUCAGUUUUCUGUAAAAAUUUGUAGCAGUUGAACUAAUGAUAUUUUAUGCAGUUGAAUAUGUCUGUGUGCUUCAGCUGAUCAGAUAGGCCGUGCCAGCUGCGCAGCUCAAUAUCUUCUGCAGCUCGAGGGUGGACUUGUGACCCCCCACCCCUUGCAGGUGUCAUAGACACCUCCAUGCCAGGAUGCUCAGGCCGUCUCCACAUAGGAAUGUGGGAAGGGUGAGGAGGAGAUUCAGAAGGGAAACACAGUCCUUUGAGGCCUUGAGUCAGUGGAAAUGAUGCCAUUGUGAGCUGUGAUUGUUGCGUCAGCACAGGCUGGCUCCUGAGGCCUGAGACUGGGCUGUGUGGCGCUCCUUAGGGGGCCUGAAACUGGAUUAGCUGGGUUUGUUCAGAGCUCACCUUCUGGACAGGGAGGGCCUUGGGCCUGGGUCACCUUGAGAUCUGGAGAGCCCUUCGAGAGGAGAGGAUGUGUGGGCGUGUCCAAGUGCUAAGGAGUCAGCCCAGGACAGGGGUUGGGCGUGUGUCUGGCAGCACUCAGGGUAGGACUGGACUGAGAUUGGGCUGUGGCUGGGCCAGGAGCUGUGGGGAGCUGGGGCUUUGGCUGGAGGGAAGCACUCUAGGGCUUUGAGCUGCCCACCGAUGGCUCGGCUGCUGGAGGGGCUCCUUGUCAGGAGAGGCGAGUGAGCAGUGGCUUGUCCCUUUGGUAGGGCUGAGAAAGGGGUUUCAGGUGCGGGCAGUUGGCUCACCUUACUUUAAAGCUCUCCCUAGCCCUGAGUCCCCUCUUCCUGCUGCCCUCCCAUCUCAGGGCAGACUAGGGGGCUUCCUGUAGGGGUGCCACGGCACAUUCAGGGUCUGGUCACUGAACGCCUUUAGCAGGGGCAAGUUAAGGACCAGCCUCCCCAGCUCUGCUGUGGUGGAAGGCAGCUCUGUCCUCUCCCAGACCUUCCCGAGGUGUCACCUGGGAUUGCUGUCAGCGCAGAUGCCCACCUGCUGGUGGCACUUCAGCAGAGGCAAGCCCAGGCCCAGCCCAGAGCGCCGUCCUUCUCCUGGCCUGGUGGAGCUGAUGUGGGGCCUGUUUCAGAGCACUGCACCCUCCUUCUGUGUUCCUUUAGAAGGAAUGGACUGAUUAGCCUUUCCUCUUUGGCCUCACCCAGACCCAGCCAUGGAGGUGGUGUGUCUGGGAGAGGGUGAGCUGGGUCCCAGGGUCCUCUCCUGGCCUUGCCCUGAAACGCUGUGUGUCCAGGGCCAGGCUGCAGAAGGCUAGGGCCUCACAUUUUGCUGAGGACAAAAAGUUCAGCUUCCUUUCUGUUCAAACCAGCUUUGUUGAUUUUUUUGGGAUCCCAACAACCUUGAGGUUCAGUUUGAAAGUUUCUGUUUGAAAUUUAAUGGCUGCCAAACAUGAAUCUGGAAACAGUGCAGACAGCUGAGUAAGGUCAUUCACACUUUUUAAGUGACAUUUACUAAGGGCCCCUUUUUCUUUUGGCAGCAAGAAUAGGAUACAGGACUGGAGAGAGCAGCCCUCCCCAUCUGAGCACUCGUUAAACUCCUGUUUCUAAGCCCUGGGGCACCCAGGUCCCCUUUAGCAAGGAAGUGUGGUUGUGCUUGAUGAGGCUGCCGGCUGGCUGGCCCCAGAGCCCCUCCCCAGGAGAGGCGGUGUGAGAGAGGGGUCGGUUCCAGGGCUCUCCUGACCCCCCCAGGGCGGCCCUUGGCCUUGGCCACCUGUGGCUGCUGCCAGCUGGCGGGACUGGGCGGCACGGAUACUUCGGAGGAGGUGGCUCUGGCUUCCUGGGUGUGGGUUUAGAGCCCAUCAGUGUCACCCUGGUCUGUGCCUUUUCAUAUGUUAUUUAUAUAUUUAUUUAUUUAUAUUCUGCUUCAUUAAAAAAAAGGAUUAAGACAGUGAUGCUUGUUUUUGGUAUUUUGUUUUGAUAUAUAAGUUCAAUCAAAAUGCAUUUGUUAAAAUAGGUAAUUUUAAAAAAGGACAGUUAGUAAUUUCCUAAAGUUGUAUAUAUAUCUGUUAUCAGGCUUAAGAGUCAUUGUACUUUUUGUUUUCCUUCCAUGAAUGAAUUCUUCAAAUAAAAGGUUCAUGGGGACAUGGAGAUGAGCACUCGGCAAACAAAGGGCUGAGCCCGGGAUCAGGCUGCGUUAGAGAGGGGUGCGCUGCCCUGGGCUCCGCUGCUGGCUGCCCCCGUGGCUGCCGGCCAGUCCCCGCAGGGGGUGCUCCCUGUGGGCCGGGGCCUGACGUCCGCUGUGCCUUUCCCACGGGGCUUCUGUGAGGACACGUGAGGGAGUGUGUGGGAGAGCAUCUGUGUAGUAGCAGCCCCCAUGCGAAUGUGAAAUGCUGAGGGACUGUUGUCCCUCUUCUCAGGGGAGGCCUGGUGGCGGGGGUGGCAGUGCUGGGAGGAGCCUGCGUCCUCUGGAGAGGGGGCCGCGCCUGUGAGCCCCAGCGGGGCAGCAAGAGGUGCUCGGUCUUCCACAGCACGGGCCGGGGCCCACCCAGCGGGCUCUUUGCAGAUGAGAAGUGGGAAGGCAACAUGGUAACUUAUCUAUAAAGUCGCAUUUUUUCAAUUUAAACGAUUGUCUUUUAUUCUGAGAUUAUGUCCUUCCUACUUUUUAAAAGUAAGUUUAAAAAAUGUCUUUAUGUCAUGAUGACGAUGGUAGAGGACAAUAUUUUUGUUUUCUAAGAUGCUCUUGGUUGGUAACACAAAAUGUAGGCUGCGCUUUGUUAAUCCUUAGAAUUUCUUUUAAAGUUUGCCAGUCUCUGAAGGUCUGUAGUCAGGGAACCACGAGUCUUACUACAGGGAAUGGUUCUGUAUGGGUGAGCCAUUCUCCUCAGACUGUUGAACAGCCACUGCACUGGCGAAGAGAAUCACAGUGUUUCCACUGCCUGGUGGUCCAAGAACAAGUUCUGCUACCACCACAUGCAGUUUUGGGAAGUGUGCCCUUGAGUCCUGGCAGAGACAGAGUGAGUGUCCUUGCAGGGCUGGGCCUUGGUCUUCCGCUGGAUCCAUGAGAGAUGCUCACAGGAGGUUUUUGUGGCCUUCUGCAUGAGGACUGGCCUUGGUGCGGGCCCUGGGAGUCUGGGCACCACCUGAAAGUUGGCGAUGGCACUAGUGAUGAGGCUCUGUUUCUGCCAGCUGGCCUGCCUAUGAGGCACUCUGUGACCAGUCCCUGGCCCUCAGGUGUCUGGACUCCCUGCCAGCCUGCAUCUCGUGCCUUGAACAACCAUGAUCCUCACUGUCUCCCUUGCCCACUUACUCCUCACUUCCCCAGUUACUCUUCACUUAUUGCCUGCCCCCCGCCCCCCAAACCUGCCUCUCGCAGUGGGGAAUAAGAGACUUGAUAUGCAGCCAUAAUGAUUUGUGGGAUUCCUGUCCAAGGAGAAUUCUACAGUGAAGAGCAGAUAUGCAGAAUAAACUAUAAAUCCUAGGUAGAGAAUAGGACGGGAAAGUGGUGGCAGCCAGAGAAGGUAACUUGUUGCCUUAACACAGAAUUGCUGGAAUUCCUAGGGAUCCUUUCUUUUUAAAAGUUGUUUUGAUUUCAAGAUCUCUUGGUAUACCAAGUUAUGUACAAAUGUGCAUCAUUCAGCUUGAGUCUGGUGAUUGCACACAGCUCUCUGGUAUGUGUGAAAUCACAGGACGCUGCUGUAAUUUAGCCAGUGGUGCCCCUGCACUGUCCUGUGGUGUCUGCACAGGUUCCACUGCUGCUGCUUAGUGCUGGGCGCCUAACGUGUGGCAGUGGGGCCUGUGUGCCUGGAGACGUCUGAAGAGAAUGUGGACCACCCACCACUAGCCCCUUGUCUCUUCUUUGGAAAUGAACAUGGGUUUGCCCACGGCAGCUGGCACGGUGACUUUUCUUCCCAUGCCAAGUUAAGAGCCUUCAGAAGUAUGAUGUACACCUUUGAUAAGUUGUCAUUUUAAUAAGUGCUUUAUUCCCCUUUAAUUUUCCCACAAUGCUUUAUUUUGACUGUUUAUCUCAAUGGGUAGAUAUAUUGGUCAUGUGAAAUCUGAGUUUGCACAUUUCAAGUAGAAGUGACUAGCUCUCUGGAAAGUUCCAAAUGAUCAGAGAGAAGGACUUGUCUAAAACAGGAGUCUUCAAACUACUCUGGGCUCUAGGGAGGUACUCAAAAUGUUCCACAGGUUUAAACUGCCUAAUGGGCCUGUUUUACUUGGUGAAGUUUCUGGUUUGAAGAGUUGGGCCCCUAAAAAUGGGUGAAACCCAUGGCUUUCAAGCAAGGUGACAUCAUCCCUGUAAAGCUCUGUGGGUGGGAAAGUUGUGGAGGAUGUGGGCAAGACAGUUGUAUCUGGCCCCUUGUUCCAUGUGACUUAUUUUGACAGUGGGAGUUGGGGUGUGAAAAUUUGGGGUGAACCCAGGAAUGAAUUAACUAAAUAAAGACACUUAUUUGUUCAUCUUUAAA